UGAGGUUAUGAUUGGGAGUAUGCGUAAGAAAAUAAAGCCGGAAAGCCUUUAGUAAAUUAAAGGUGAAGGCAGAGGAAAUAUAAUAGAUAUCUGACUGGAGCAAAUAAGAUAUCCUGAGGACAGCAUGGCAAAAAAAGACUACGAUUCCCAGUGGUUACAGCGUCUGAGAAGCGCUGCUUUCUGGGAGUGGUAGUGUCUAGGAACUGUGUUUGGAGUAUCGGUUCGGAAGACAACCUCUUAAAAUUAAAAAGAGAUAGAAACAGUUUGAAUUGGGCCUUUCCGUAUCUUCAUAAUCGACCACAGGCCUAAAUAUAUUAAAAGAAAUUUUAAAAAUUAGGGACACUCCGCCUUUAAAACUAUGCUUCACUAAUCGAUGAUUCCUAAAUCUAGGAAUAGGUAGUUGAUGUUUGUGGGCUGGGUCUCUGUGUAAGAGCAGCCUCGUGCUUGUCUCGUUGCUGUGGAGGCCGGAGGAAGGAAAGCGGAAGCCCAGAAGACUGCAUCUUCUCGCGUAUCUGUGCAAGUUAAUUUUGAGCUGCCUCUUUUUGUAGUCUUAAGAGACCAGAGAGCCUGUUGUCUGACUAUUACCCCUUACGUUUCUGUAGACAAGCCUUGUGUGUACUCCUAGCCAUGGCUCAGCUCCAGACACGCUUCUUCACUGACAACAAGAAAUAUGCGGUAGAUGAUGUUCCCUUCUCAAUUCCUGCAGCCUCUGAAAUUGCUGACCUUAGUAACAUCAUCAAUAAAUUGCUGGAGGCCAAAAAUGAGUUCCACAAACAUGUGGAGUUCGAUUUCCUUAUCAAGGGCCAGUUUCUGCGAAUGCCCUUGCUCAAACACAUGGAACUGGAAAACAUCUCAUCAGAAGAGGUUGUGGAAUUGGAAUAUGUGGAGAAGUACACUGCCCCUCAGCCAGAGCAAUGCAUGUUCCACGAUGACUGGAUCAGUUCUGUCCGAGGGGCAGAGGAAUGGAUCUUGACUGGUUCUUAUGAUAAGACUUCUCGGAUCUGGUCCUUGGAAGGAAAGUCAAUAAUGACAAUUGUGGGACAUACAGACGUUGUAAAAGAUGUGGCCUGGGUGAAAAAAGAUAGUUUGUCUUGCCUACUACUGAGUGCUUCUAUGGAUCAGACGAUUCUCUUAUGGGAGUGGAACGUGGAGAGAAACAAAGUGAAAGCCCUGCACUGCUGCAGAGGCCAUGCUGGAAGUGUGGAUUCUAUAGCUGUUGAUAGCACGGGAACUAAAUUUUGCAGUGGCUCCUGGGAUAAGAUGCUAAAGAUCUGGUCUACAGAAGGAACAAUUAGAAGAGAAAGAGUUGGAGGAGGGAGGACUCUUAGAGGAAGGUGCCUUGAUAAUAGGAGAAAAGAGGGGGAAGACCCACAGAUAUUUAAAUUAAAAAGAACUGGUAGUCUAGAAUUAUUUAAACAGACUCCCAUAGUGACCCUCUCUGGCCACAAGGAAGCAAUUUCUUCGGUUCUAUGGUCAGAUGCUGAAGAAAUCUGCAGUGCAUCUUGGGACCACACAAUUAGGGUGUGGGAUGUAGAGUCUGGCAGUCUUAAGUCAACUUUGACAGGAAAUAAGGUGUUUAAUUGUAUCUCCUAUUCUCCACUUUGUAAACGUUUAGCAUCUGGAAGCACAGAUAGGCAUAUCAGACUGUGGGAUCCCCGAACUAAAGAUGGUUCUUUGGUGUCGCUGUCCCUAACCUCACAUACAGGCUGGGUCACAUCAUUAAAGUGGUCUCCUACCCACGAGCAGCAGCUGAUUUCAGGUUCUUUAGAUAAUAUCGUCAAACUGUGGGAUACAAGAAGUUGUAAAGCUCCUCUCUAUGAUCUGGCUGCUCAUGAAGAUAAAGUUCUGAGUGUAGACUGGACAGACACAGGGUUACUUCUGAGUGGAGGAGCAGACAAUAAAUUGUAUUCCUACAGAUAUUCACCUACUACUUCUCAUGUGGGGGCAUGAAAGUGAAUGAUAAAUUUGACUCCAGAGAUUGUUUCUGUAAAUGAAAUUGAUAAAGAAGCUUCAGAUUACAUCAGUGACGGUUCAGAAAGCAGCCUCUUUAAGUUUAUAUAAUGUUUUCACCCUUGAUAAUAGCUAUCACUGUCUAUUUCUUUAUUUUAUAUUUAUUAUACAAUAGUUUGUUGUUAAAAUUUAAAUGUGACCUGCUCUCUCUGCCAUAUGCAAACUCUGAAAGUAAACUGAGUUUUUUUAUUUCCUUUUAUAGGUAUUGGUUUGAAUUAAGAUUUGCUUUUGAAAUGCUGUAAAAGCAUAUAUUAAAAAUAUAGUAAUUGUCCAGAUUUUUA